AUGAUGAACCCUUUUUCAAUAGCAGAUGAUCGUAAUCGAGCAAACCAUGGCAAAUGGGGACUUGAAUUUAUUGGAUUUUGGCUUCUUGGUCUUUGCAAUAAUUUUGGUUAUGUAGUGAUGUUAAGUGCUGCUCAUGAUAUAUUGAAACAAGAAAAGAAUGAUAAUUUAACUCAACCAGUGUCACAUAAUGCAACAAAUCAAUUUGAUUGUAAUCCAAUAUCAACAGGAGCUAUUCUACUAGCGGAUGUUUUACCAGAAUUAAUUAUUAAAUUAAUAGCUCCAUUUUUUAUGCACAAAAUUUCAUAUAAUAUUCGUUUUGUUUUCGUUGUAUUAUUUGCUGUUAGUGCUUUGAUCAUUGUUGGUACUUCAAAAGUAAUUGCUUUAAGUUUAUUCGGUGUUGUUUGUGCAAGUAUCAGUGCAGGUAUUGGCGAAAUUACAAUGUUACAAUUAACAUCUUUUUAUGCAAAACAUACAGUCAGUGCAUGGUCAAGUGGUACAGGGGCUGCUGGCUUAUUUGGUGCACUUUCCUAUACAGGACUAACUAGUCUACUUAAACUAAGUCCCAGAACUGCUAUACUUAUUUUACUUUUCAUACCUGUUCUUCUAGUUAUCAGUUACAUAAUGGUCGGAGCUAGUCAAGCUGUUGCAAGACAUCGUCAAUAUCAACUAAUAAGUGAACAAACUACUACUGAUGUUGACACAGGUAGAGAAAAUAAUAGAUUUAUUAGGAAAUGUCUUACUAAUAUGGGUAUAUUUUUUGCUUGUAUCUAUCGCACGGCUUAUAUACCGAGUAUAUGGUUAGUUUUCGGUUUAGUCGUAUUUGAAGGUUUAAUUGGUGGUGGAGCUUAUGUCAAUACAUUUUACAAGAUAUCGAUUGAAAUUCCUAAACCUGAUCGUGAAUUUUCAAUGGGUGUCGCAUCUAUUGGUGAUUCAUUUGGAAUUACAUUUGCAGGUCUAUCAGCAAUUCCACUUCAUAAUGCAAUAUGUCGAUAA